CAGAUUUUGACGUGUGCAAAACAUGUACGUGUCCCUUAUAAAACUCAUCUUUUUGUUAACAACUCACUGCUUGAGGUCCAACGUACGAUCAUUUCAUUCAACAAUGUCUGACGUCUUGUGGGUCCGCCUGUCUGCGGUUACCUUCUGCAUCUGCCUCUCUCUGUCAUCGCAUGUCGUGUCGGCCGCUGGGGUCGGAGAACGAGAACAGCACUCGCUGGCCCAACGGUCAGACGCGGGGACUAGCAAAGGCGCGGAUCCAAUAUCGAAACGAGACGCCGCAGAAGCCUUUAAAACAUUUGAUGCAAGUGUUCGGUUUUUUUUCGACCACGCAGGCCUGGAAGCUUUAAAAAAAGAGGAAAUUAAGCGGAAAAAAAGAAUUAAAUACUGGCAAGACGUCUAUAAAUAUAUGGGACAAGGCGGCGAAAUCUAGAAAGAAUAAUUAAAAAUAAAGUUGCUCUGAUAAAUUAGCAGAGAGAGAGAGAGAGAGAGAGAGAGAGAGAGAAAAUACAAAUAAACAGAGAUACGAUCUUUGCAUAAAUGUAUUAAACAUAAAAUAGCUUUCA